UGCAUCGGUUGCUGUUCCUGUCUGCAGCCUGACCUGUUCUUUGGGCUCUCACCCCGAAAUUCUGCAAGUCUCCAGGGACAGAUCCCUGGCAUGCCGCCGCCGGUUCGCUAUAGGAAGGUGCUCGUACUCGGAUACAACGCUGUAGGGAAGACAUCUUUGGUACAUCAGUUUGUCAAUGGCGAGUUCUUGGAGGACUACGAUCCUACUGUGGAGAAUACUUACAGCAAGAUAGUGACUGUUGGCAAAGAUGAGUUUCACCUACACCUGGUGGACACAGCAGGGCAGGAUGAGUAUAGCAUUCUACCCUAUUCAUUCAUCAUUGGGGUCCAUGGUUAUGUGCUUGUGUAUUCUAUCACCUCUCUGCAUAGCUUCCAGGUCAUUGAGAGUCUAUACCAAAAACUCUAUGAAGGCUAUGGGAAAAUCCAGCUGCCGGUGGUGCUAGUGGGGAACAAGUUGGAUCUUUCAACAGACAGAGAAGUGAAAACAGCUGAAGGAAAGAAGUUAGCAAAGUCCUGGGGUGCAACAUUUAUGGAAUCAUCUGCUAAAGAGAAUCAGCUGACUCAAGACAUCUUCAUCAAAAUUAUCCAGGAGAUAGCCCGUGUAGAGAAUUCUUAUGGGCAAAAGCAUCGAUGUCACGUCAUGUGAACACUUAACUACCCUGGCACGAGCCAAGCUCCAUUAAGGCAGGCAUGCAGAGUCUCAAGGACCUCAAGAGUAUGGUUGGCAGCCAUGUCCUUGGUCCUCUGGACACCCAGUGUGGUGCCCUUAUUUGCACUUUUUCCAGGCCCAGUGGCCUGGUUGUCAAUGUUUACAAAGAGGAAAGGUGUCUCCUGAGCCCUGACCUCUAGCUCCCUGUUGUUCUAAAU